AUGGCAGGCCCAAUAGAAAGUCCUGUAGUAAGACCAGCUGUACCCAAGGAUACUGCUCGUAUUCGGCCUGCCCGAGUACUGGCAGUGGCAAUGAAACUGCGCAGCACUCCCAAGAAUGGUGACAAGCAAAGACCAACGAGCCUCCAUCCUGCACCUCCAUCUGGCUGGAUGCACUGCAAAGACCAUCUCCAAGCAGCUCCAGAUUCCCUUAAGAACCGUGUACAACAACGUCAACAGGUACAAGGCGACAGGAACUAUGGAGGACAAGCCUAG